GUAGAAUGAAAUAUGCAGUGAACGACCUUCGUCUGUGCAGCGCUUCAAAUAAAGCUUUUGCGGCAGACUGAUUACUGUACAUCAAUGAGGUUGAGCAUAAUCCUACUAAAAUCUAAACGGUGAAAAUUGAAAAAAAUGUCAACUGCUAGUUCGCAUGCGUAUAACAACCUCAGUCUAACAACUAACCCCCUUGCGACAAUGAUGAAACCUGACAUCAUUUCGAUGACAACAAGUAGUCAAGCUAUAAAUGGUGGUAGUGGGGAACUGACAUCGUCGUCUUCUACCACAUCACUAAAUCGUGCCAACGCCCCUUCAAAUUCACUAAAUGUGAGCAGUCAUACAUUGGAUAAAGUGAAAGUUGCAAAAGUUACAUUGGAAUACUACUACGACAAUUUAAUUGUUCAAUAUCGAGAACGUCAAAAUAGGUACAAAAUCUUGGAAUCAAUGAUGGAAAGUGAAGGUUUAACUGAAGAACAAAAACAAAUUAAACGUACACAACAUGCAUUGAAAGAAAGUGAAUUUCUUCGACUGAAGAGAGCGCGGCUAACAGUUGAUGAUUUCCUUCCUUUAAAAAUAAUUGGUAAAGGUGCUUUCGGUGAAGUGAGAUUAGUUCAAAAACAAGACAAUGGCUACAUCUAUGCUAUGAAGAUUUUACACAAAGCAGAUAUGCUACAGAAAGAUCAAGUGGCUCAUGUUAGAGCUGAACGUGAUAUUCUAGUCAAAGCAGAUAAUCCAUGGGUUGUGAAAAUGUUCUAUUCAUUUCAAGAUUCAGUUAAUCUCUAUCUAGUUAUGGAAUUCCUACCAGGUGGUGAUAUGAUGACCUUAUUAAUGAAACGGGAUACUCUAACAGAGUCUCAAACACAAUUUUAUAUAGCAGAAACUGUUUUGGCCAUUGAUUCAAUUCAUAAAAUGGGUUUCAUUCAUCGUGAUAUCAAACCGGAUAAUUUAUUACUUGAUGCAAAGGGUCAUAUUAAACUGAGUGAUUUUGGUUUGUGCACAGGUUUGAAAAAAGCGCAUCGAACUGACUUCUACAAAGAUUUAUCGCAAGCUAAACCAAGUGAUUUUUCUUCUGGUCGCACCGACUCUAGACGAAGAGCCGAAGGUUGGAAUAAGAAACGCCGAAGAUUAGCAUAUUCCACUGUUGGAACACCAGAUUAUAUUGCACCCGAAGUAUUUCAACACAAAGGUUAUACAAAUUCUUGUGAUUGGUGGUCACUUGGUGUGAUCAUGUUUGAAAUGCUCAUAGGUUAUCCCCCAUUUUGUUCAGCUACACCACAAGAAACAUACAAGAAGAUAAUGAGUUGGAAAGAGGCAUUAUUCUUUCCUCAUGAAAUGCCUAUCAGUGUACAUGCAAGAAAUUUGAUACAAUCAUUAUGUUGUGCUGCAGAAACUCGUUUGUCAAGCAUGGAAGAUAUACGAAAGCAUACAUUUCUUCAUGGUGUCGAUUGGGAACAUAUACGAGAGAGGCCAGCUGCAAUACCUGUGAAUAUACGUUCAAUUGAUGAUACCAGUAAUUUUGAUGAAUUUCCUAAUGCUGAUUUAAGUUGGUCAAAUGUUACGGAUCCUAUGAAAAGUUAUCAAAAAAAUUUAGCCUUUAUAAAUUAUACUUAUAAGGCAUUUGAUGGAUGGACAAAUAAUGAUCGAAUAUUAGAUCGUCAAUUAUAUCAACAACAACAGUUUCAACGUCAUCAAGCUGCUUUAUCAUCAAGAAGUAUAAUUUCUGAUGUAAUUAAUACAUCAAAGAAAAAUCCUCCAACUGGUGGUAGUUCUUGAUUAUCACCUAUUUCCCUAUUAUUCUCUUCAUUGUUUGUUUCCUAUCCUUGUAUUUAUGUUCCUGUCUAUUUUUGUGAGGAAAGUUUACUUCAUAAUGAACUCCCUUGAAUCCCAAAUUGUUUUUUAUUUUAUUUUUAAAAUUCUCCAUUAAGGAAUACCUUUUGUCUUUCUAUCAACUAUCUAGCAUUGGGUGACAGUUCUAUGUCUCCACCCCCCUUUUCCCUGAAAUUCAUCUCCUAGUUACUAUGGCAAUUCUAUCUUAGUUUCUUUAUUUCUGGUUACAACUUUCUGAGUAGUCAACUAACUAAAUCAUUCUGAUAAGUAAUAAGAUUGUUCAUUUCUAUGCCAGGGGUUAUUAGAUUUACUGAUCGGAUUUUUGGGGGUAAAUAGUUCUCAUUUUGUAACUAACUUCUUUCAUUUAGUUCUCUUCUGUGUAUUCUAUCGUCUUUUUCGCUUGUCUUUCGAAUAUUUAAUUUCUAAAUGAUGUUGUAUAUCAUCCAAUUGUAUCUCACAUUCCCAUUACUAUUUUGUGAAUUGCAUUCCUGUGAACAAGUAUGACGUUCCAUUUACUUAGAAAAGUUGUUCUGAUUAUACAAUGUGCCUUAGGCUUUUCCUUCCCCCCUUUCUUCACUGAGUUUUAAAGUUUUUCUUCUGGUUGUAUGUACAUCAUCUUUGUUGUUUUUUAAGUUUGAACUAAAUUAGUCUGAUGAAUUGUUAUGAUUCACAUUGUGAACGGAUGGAGGUGAUAAUUCAUUCAUUCAUUCACUUUUUCUUUAUUUUAUUUUUCUCUUUCGUGUAUAUUCUCUUUUCUCUCAGUGUAAUUCAUUCUACUUUCAGUUCCUAUUCUCCUACUUUCUUCAAAUAUCAUUUAGAAGUGAGUCUUUUUCGUUAGUUAUUUACCUAAAGGAAAACCGAAGGAGAAGAAGCGUAUUCUCUACCUGUGUAUAUGUGUAUCUUCCUGUGCAUAAUAAGGAAGAUUAUCUUGGAAGGGUUAAUAGUCACUGCCGAAGAACCUUUCAUUGUAUUCAGUGUAGUUAUCUAUCAUUACUCUAUCUAUUCACAUAUCAAAUGAAAAAAAAUAUACAAAAUGAAACGGAAACAAUACAUUUUGCCAUAAUUAUCUCACUUCUAAGUGUAUGCUUUCGAUGUGUUCUAUUGGAAAUUAAUAAAUAGCGUACAAUGUGUAGGAGGAGUAACACUUUCCAACUUGUACUAUAGCAUAGAUGUGUAUAAGCUAUGCAUUCUAUGAAUGGAUAAUAAACUUAACAAUUAACAUACUAUUGUUUCGUUAAGCUGCUGCUGUUAUCUGCGGAUGGGAUUUAUAACAUCCAUAUAAGUUUAUCACGUUGUUGUUAAUAUUACUGUAAUACUACGCUAAAGAGAUUAUACCUCUUUAUUCUAUUAGAGGAUAUAUUUUUGUCUACUACUACUACUACUACUACUACUACUACUACUACUACUACUACUACUACUACUACUACUACUACUACUACCCCAAUUGACAUAAACAAAUAAAACUAACCUUUACAAUUCCACUUUUUUUUUCUAUUGAAAAUAAACGUAUAAGUAGAGGAGUACAUUUUCCUGUAUAAGAUAAUUAUGAAAAGAUUUCGUAGUACGGUCGUUUUUUUUAUCUUCUCAGAUGAACUGUGUACACAUCAAUCUACAUAUUCCUCCCAGCCCCCUACUCCCUCUUAUACAUGUUCUUGUUUCAUUUGAUGAUAUGCCUUUUUCUUGUAUUCAAUAAUACACAGGAAAGGGUUUAAUUUUAGUAUAUAUAUAUAUAUAUAUAUAUAUAUAUAUAUAUAUAUAUAUAUAUAUAUAUAUAUAUAUAUGCAAACUUUCUUCAACUAUCUUACUUGCAUACUGAAUCACUUUGAAUAUUAUCAAUAUUGUUUAUUCAUGGAUGAAUGCAAACUUCUGUAUUGUUAUGGAGAUAGUUUAAAAACAAACAAACAAUUGAAUCAAAUAUGAAUUUUCUUUUUUUACUGUGAGAAAUUGUCUACUCAUUUUCUCAGUCACAUUGUAAUUGGUUAUUAUUUCCUGAUCCCAUUAAGAUAAACAUUUAUUGUUAUCAGUAUUCUGUAUACAGAGAAAUAAAAAUGUUCACUAGUGU